GUUCACUGUUUCUAGCUUUUAGCCUUUUUCAACACCUGCUAAAACUGCAAAAACCUUUUCUCCUUUUUCUCACAUACAUACACCAUAACUGUGUAUUUUUCUCCUCCUUUUUUUUCUCUCUCUAUACAGAUGACUGAGGAAUUCUUAAAAAUACAUAGAUGACGACGCCCUCAGCCGCCGUCAUCGCCGUCGCUGCUAUCGUCGUCACCCUAGUAAACAUCGUUAAUUAUGUUCAAGCCUUGGGUGGCUCCGCCACCACUCUCGCGGUCGUCUACGGCGUCCCCACCACAAUCUGCGGCAUAGUUGCAAACCAACCAAUCCAAAGAAUCCAAUGCUGGAGAGAUGGCCAAUCAAUGUCCACACUCAUUUCACCGGACGUCUCCUUCGACUUCAUCGCCGGCGGCCUCAGCGGCUUCGCCGCCGUCCGCAGCGGCGGCUCUGCACUCCUCUACUGGAAGAGCACCAGUUUCAUCCCCAAACGGCUGUAUUUCAGUUACUCAACUUUAUUAACGACCGUUACAAUGGGUGACACCCAAAUUUGCGCCAUAACAAAUAGUACCACCCAAAAUUCUACUACCUGCUGGAGAGGCGAUUCCUAUUCGGCCCAACUGCCAAAUGGGUCGGCCCAAUUCACAUCAAUCUCAUCUGGGUUUGGAUUUUCAUGUGGAGUUUUAAAAAGUUCAAACAGAGUCGUCUGUUGGGGAAAUAAUAGUAGUAUCGCUUCGGCUAUCCAGUCAGCUUUCGCUAAUGAAACAAUGGCGAACAUAUUCGCUGGCGGAAUGCACGCGUGUGGGAUGAACACUACCGGUUUUGUUAUUUGCAAAGGUAAUAAUAACAACGGUCAAUUGAACGUUCCGUCUAAUUUGGGUUACGAAUAUUUUGGAUUAGCUUUGGGGUUGAAUCAUACUUGUGGAAUUCGGAGUAUGAAUCAUACAGUGGUGUGUUGGGGUGGGAGCGGUAAAUUUUCAAGUAAUGUUAUAGAAGCAGUUUCUUUUGAAUCAGUUGUUGCGGGUGUAAAUUUUACGUGUGGAUUGACAACGAGUAAUUUUUCUGUGGUGUGUUGGGGGCCAGGUUGGAGUAGUAAUUUGUAUCCUCAAGGAGCUGCACUUCCUUUCCCAAUGAUUUUACCAGGUCCAUGUGUACAAAGUAAUUGUACUUGUGGUAUAUAUCCUCAAUCUCAAAAUCUCUGUUUUGGAAAUGGUAAUAUUUGUAGGCCUUGUGAUUUCUCUAUUUUAGCACCACCUACUUCACCACCGCAAGUACGGCAGCCGCUGCCGCCAGCGGUGGUGCCUUCGCCACCUUCUAGAAGGCUAAGAAGGGGUUUAUUGGCUUUUGCUGUUGUUGGAUCAGUGGGGGUUUUUGCAGGGAUUUGUGCUUUUAUUUAUUUUCUGUGGGCUGCUGGUUGUUUUGGAAAGAAGAAAGUUCAUAAUUCAGUUCAACCUACUAUUACUGCUACUACUACUUCUAAUGGUGGGCAAGUGUCUAGUAGUAGUCCUGUUUCAAGAUCAUCGACUCUUAGGCGUCAAGGGUCGUGGUUGAUGAGGCGUCAAAGGAGUGGAACUUCAUCUAAACACGCAGACAGGGCAGAGGAAUUUUUGUUUUCUGACCUUGUUGCAGCUACUAACAACUUUUCUUCGGAAAACAAGAUUGGUGCUGGUAGUUUUGGGGUUGUUUACAAGGGCAAAUUGCCUGAUAGUCGUGAGGUUGCGAUCAAGCGUGGAGAAAUGGGUCCAAGAACAAAGAAAUUUCAGGAGAAAGAAAGUGCAUUUGAUUCAGAAUUGGCGUUCCUGUCGCGGUUACACCAUAAACACUUGGUUAGACUUGUUGGUUAUUGUGAGGAGAGGGAUGAAAGGCUUUUGGUUUACGAGUACAUGAAGAAUGGAGCGCUUUUUGAUCAUUUACAUAAUAAGAACAAUGUGGAGAAGAGUAAUAGUAUAGUGAAUUCUUGGAAAAUAAGGAUCAAGAUUGCAUUAGAUGCUGCACGAGGCAUCGAAUACCUUCACAAUUAUGCAGUCCCACCUAUAAUUCACAGGGACAUUAAGUCUUCCAACAUCUUGAUUGAUGCAAACUGGAUAGCAAGGGUGUCUGAUUUUGGGUUAUCGUUAAUGGGGCCAGUGUCUCAUCGCGAUUAUAGUAGGCCAAUGAAAGCUGCUGGCACAGUCGGGUACAUUGAUCCCGAGUACUAUGGUCUAAAUGUGUUGACAGCAAAGAGCGAUGUCUAUGGACUUGGAGUGGUGUUGUUAGAACUUUUGACAGGAAAGAGAGCCAUAUUCAAGAGUGAAGAAGAAAAUGGGGGAGCGCCAAUGAGUGUGGUGGACUUUGCAGUGCCAGCAAUUAUGGCUGGAGAAUUGACAAAGAUUUUGGAUAACAGAGUAGGGACACCAGAGCCAAAUGAAGUAGAAGCAGUAGAAUUGGUGGCCUAUACUGCAAUGCAUUGUGUGCAUUUGGAAGGGAAAGACAGACCCACAAUGUCUGACAUUGUUUCUAAUUUGGAGAGAGCUUUGGCUGCAUUUGAUGAUAGCCAUGGCAGCAUCUCUAGUGGUCCAAUUUCCUUUGUUUCUGAUUGAUAUUCCACUCACCAAAGACUCCUCAUUCUUUUUUAUUUUCCUUUAUUAGGUGCUCUUUGUCUUGGCUAAUUUGUGUGAUUAUUUUGUUAUUAGUGUAAAGAGUAGAUUGUUCAUUCUAACAUGAUGUCUAGUGAUUUUGUAAACUGCUGGCUGCUGAACAAGUUUUAGAUGAAAUUCUUUCCUCCCACAAGAUUACAAAAUCUUUAGUA